UUUGACUGCGCAUUCAACUGUCGACUGCGUGCCUCAAAUUGACAGCCCAUUUCCUAAAUUUCUUCAAUUUUAUAAAACCCUCCCAACAAAAAUCAGGUAAUGCAUCCGACCCUUUUAACAUUUCGCCAUUAAUUCGCUGUUUCCUGCUGUAUUUGGAACCCGAUUUUGUUGUCGACCCCUGUUCUAUUGGAGGCGGAGCUGUUUAAUUUGAUUCAAAGACAUUGCGUUAACCCUUAAUUGUUUGUUUCUUUAGGGUUAUAAACCUUCAAGAUUCUUCUUUUCCCCCUUCUCUAAGUCCGGGAAGUAUUUGUAACAAAAUGAUGGGUUCCUUGUACGGAAUCUUACAAAGGCCGGUUUUUGCUGCGUCUGCUUUCGCAAUUGCCUCUGUCUCAACCGAUUGCUAUGACAAAUUGCUGCCGUCUAAAUCGUCAGACGCUUCUUCUCCCUUGGAACAAUCGAACCCUUCAUGUUCUUCCUUAGAUGAUCCAACUUCAUUGUGGGUGUCGAAAAUUUCUAUUUCUAAGCUAUCCCAACUGUGGUUUGUAGCCGGAAUUCGAGUCCCCGUGCCUAAUUUACACAUGCCAAUCCCCUCUAGUAAUGCUAAUGCUAAUUAUUCUUUGGUGGCAUCGUCCCCGGCCUUACUCAACUUAUACCAGUCAGCCGAUUUGGCAAACUCUGCCAAGCCAGCUGCCUAUACUUAUACCGCCCCAGCAUUGCCAUCGGACGUUUUAUAUCGAUGGCAUUUGCCUGAUCCUAGUGCAAUUGAUGUAUCGGGAGAGUCAGAUUGUUCGCCUGCAAAGUCUAGGACGGUAGCGGUGCUGCUAGGAUGGUUAGGUGCUAAGCAGAGGUACCUCAAGAGAUAUGCUGAUUGGUAUACUUCGCGAGGGUUUCAUGCCAUUACGUUUACGUUUCCCAUGUCGGAGCUGAUUAGGUACCAAGCUGGGGGGAAGGUGGAGCAGGAUGUGGAAUUGCUGGUGAACCAUCUUGCUGAUUGGUUGGAUGAGGAGCCUGGCAAGAAUUUGGUGUUUCACACGUUUAGUAACACGGGUUGGCUCACAUAUGGAGUCAUUUUGGAGAAGUUUCAGAGUAAGGAUGUUGAUCUGGCUGGGAGGAUCAGAGGUUGCGUUGUGGAUUCAGCUCCCGUUGCAGUCCCCGAUCCACAGGUUUUUGCUUCUGGCUUUUCUGCUGCUUUUUUGAAAAAGAAUAGUGUUGCAGCAAAGGGUUCCGUUAUUGAACCGAAGACGGAGGUAACAAUCGGAACCAGAACCUCGUUCGAGGUCAAACCAGGCAUGACUGAGGCAGCUCUGCUUUUACUUCUUGAGAAGGUCUUUGGAGUAGUUCUAAAUCAUCCUUCCAUAAACAGGAGGCUUUUGGAUGUGAUGAGCCUGCUAACGUCGGAACAACCAAGGUGUCCGCAGCUAUACAUCUACAGCUCGGCUGACAAGGUGAUCCCGGCAGGGUCUGUGGAGUCGUUUAUCGAGAAUCAACGGAGGAAUGGGCGUGAGGUUAGAGCGUGCAACUUCAUCUCGACGCCCCAUGUUGAUCAUUUCCGGAAUCAACCUCAACUAUAUUCUUCUCAGCUCACUCGAUUUAUGGAGGAUUGUGUGCUCACCACCUGCAAACCUUCUUCUUAAAUACACUUUUUCACUUGAUUCUUUCUUGCAUUUAAAAAUCAAAUCCAUACAUAUAACCAUGUUUUCUUCUUUGACAAUUGUACGUAUAAAUUUGUUGUUAUAGGAGACACUUUUAGCUUAA